AUGUCUGAGGCGAAAAGGUUGCAUCAUAGCAUAUUCGAUGGGCGCCAAGUUCUUGUGCAAUGCCAGUCACCGAAACGCAGACAGACUUCCUCAUUCUCGAUCGAGAUCAAGGGUCUCCCCCCAAAUGUCAGAGCAGAAGAUAUCCAGCGGUGGUGCAACGCUGCGUCAGUCACGCUCGGAAGGGCCAGCUAUGGCAGGAGCACGGGCAUUCAGCACGUACGCGAUGAGCUGUCGAAAUUUGGGCCUUUGGAGUCAUUCGACUUGGUGCCAUCGGGCCCACGUCCCACCAAGCUGAAGGCCUUCGGCCAGUUCUGCACACCAGAGGCAGCUGCCGCUGCCGCUGAAAAAUUAAACAACACGCCGCAAAAGAUGCUCGGCAGUCCUCUCUGGUCGGAGCUCAUCUAUUCUCUCAAAUAUCUUCCACCAUGGAAACAAUUUAUGGCCUUAAGAGAUGACCUCGUUGCGCUAUCCGACCAGCAUGCCGACUGCAAAAUCAGGUACUACGAGGCGGACAACGAAGGCCGUGCGGUCGAUCCCGUGUGCAUCCGGAUCUAUUCCUCUGAUGCAAAGGCUCUCGGAAGAGCCAAAAUAGCCGUGGAGACGAUGCUUCAAGGCGAAGUUCUGGCUUCCGACGGGAAGUCAGUGUGGGACGAUUUCUUCCUCUCCUCGGAGGGCACGGAAUUCCUG